CAACCGGGGCCUGCUUUCUGACAGCAGCCUCCUUCCUGUAGCCCGGUUGAGGAAGUGAUUUUCGCUGACAGGGCUGGGUUCCGUGAGGGAGAGGCGAACAAAACAACUAAACUAAAAAAAGAACAUCAAGAGGCGAGAGGAGCGACUUGUUAACCCCCAGUGAGGCUAAGUUGUACAGUCGUCGGUGAAAUCGUGCUGCCCUGCCCCGCUGAGACCGCCGCAGACAUGAAUGACCAGCAGCUAGACUGUGCCCUGGACCUGAUGAGGCGUCUGCCUCCACAGCAGAUCGAGAAGAACCUCAGUGACCUCAUUGACCUGGUGCCCAGCCUUUGCGAGGACCUCCUCUCCUCUGUGGAUCAGCCCCUGAAGAUUGCCCGGGACAAAGUGGUGGGGAAAGACUAUCUGCUCUGCGAUUACAACCGAGACGGCGACUCCUACAGAUCCCCGUGGAGUAAUAAGUAUGAACCUCCCAUUGAAGAUGGUGCGAUGCCUUCAGCUCGCCUGAGGAAACUCGAGGUCGAAGCCAAUAACGCCUUUGACCAGUACAGAGACCUGUACUUUGAGGGUGGUGUGUCCUCGGUGUACCUCUGGGAUUUGGAUCACGGCUUUGCUGGAGUUAUUCUCAUCAAGAAGGCCGGGGAUGGAUCCAAGAAGAUCAAAGGGUGCUGGGACUCCAUCCAUGUGGUGGAGGUGCAGGAGAAGUCCAGCGGUCGCACUGCUCACUACAAACUCACCUCCACCGUCAUGCUGUGGCUCCAGACAACCAAGACCGGCUCCGGUACCAUGAACCUGGGCGGCAGCCUCACGAGACAGAUGGAAAAAGAUGAGACAGUCGGAGAGUCCUCACCCCACAUCGCCAACAUCGGCCGCCUUGUCGAAGAUAUGGAGAACAAGAUUCGCUCCACACUGAAUGAAAUCUACUUUGGCAAGACCAAGGACAUAGUCAACGGCCUGAGGACUGUUCAGACUCUGGCUGACAAGUCAAAGCAGGAGGCUCUGAGGGUCGACCUGAUGGAUGCACUCAAACGCAAGCAUAACAGCUAGAGAUGCUACUGUUGUUUUUCUUCUGUCUCUCACUCUCUCUCCGCCUCGUGUCUGCCAUCUCUUCGUUUCUUUAUGUCUCUCCCUCCAUACCUGUUUCAGUGCUGCACUCUUGUUUAUUUGUGGAAAAAACAAAAAAGGAGAAAAUGCUUAGCUUUGUUUAUUGUUUUUUUUGUUUUUUCCUGUCCGGUUUCGUUUUCAUGCAUCUCAUCUGCCAUGAAGCCAUUCACUCCCUCUCUCUCUCUUCACCCCUCUCUUCUCUCUCUCUCUCUGCCUCUUUCCCAUGUUAUGAAUAUAAUGAUAGUAUUACCACGGUUAAUGAUAAUCUUACAGUGUGAGGGUCAUUGUAGUAAUAAUCCCUGAUGUUCUCACAGCUGAUGUGCCCUCUGUCUGUUUCAAAUGAGUGAUUUUUUUUUGGCCCCACUCUUCCUCCGUGACGAGGAAACGGACACGGACUGUGGUGUAAGCUCGGCGGGGCUGUCAUUAAAGACAUAAAGAUUUUGUUGCACCUAUUUUUGUCCACGACACGCCCCCACCCCAAUAUAUUUGUAUAAAAUUAUUACUGUCCGUGUAUAACUGUCAUUAUUCUGGGCGACGUAAACAGCGUGACCACGAGGGCGGCCUUUAGUUUUUUACUGUUUAUUCCACUAAUGCAUGUGAGCCUGUGUGCGAUCCUGGGGGCUGCAGCGAGUGGAAAAGUAGACUUAUCAAACAUGGGGAUGGACUUGUUAUAAUCACCGGGUGAUUACACCCACAUCGUCAACCCAACCCCUUACACUGUGUAUAACAUGACAGUUUGCCUCCCUUCUGUUCUGCUUAUUCAACUUUUCUCUGUCCUCACCUACUAUGUCUUUGUUGGGGGUCACAGUUUUGUCUUUGUGUCUCAGUGGAAACCUUUGACCGUUUCCAUUUUGGAGGGGAAUCUUUUGUUGUAUUUUUGUUUUGUUUUUAUUUUGUAAAGCUUAUGAUUCAUAUUGUAUUAGAGCCUCCAGCAACAAUAAAAACUGUAAAAAGCUA